AUUCCCAUUUUGCAAUUUCAAGUUGUUCGCCACAGAUUGUUGCUAAAAUAAACGUUUAUUAACAGUUUGAGAUCAUAAAAACAUAUUCAAUUAACAUUUGUUUGAAUGAAAUCAACUAAAAUGUGUAAGCUUCUUGUUAUGACUGUUAUUUUGGGAUAUGUUGCUGCGAAACAUGAAAGUAACAUAUAUAUUCCUUUGGUAAAGAUGCAUAGUGAUGAAAGUAGCGAGUCAGAUUUUGAUAAAUUUUCUGACACAGACGAAUACAUAGAGAAAAUAUUUGCUAACAUUUCAAACCGUCUUUCGUGUACGUGCGAUUCAAACAGGACAGAUGUUGCCACAAAAGCAGAUCUGGCGGAGUUAAAGAAAGACAUGAUUGCAGAUAUUUCCGCUCUUAUGUUAGAUGUGCAUAAACCGAAACCUAUAGAUUGUGGUGAUAUUUACAAUGAAGGUCAAAAUAAAACUGGCAUUUACGCUAUUUACCCUACUUCCAAUAAGAAAGGCAUCUCAGUACGUUGCGAUAUGGACACAUCAGGCGGUAAAUGGACCAUUAUACAAAGGAGGGUUUCUAAAAGCGACUUUUAUAAGACAUGGGACGAAUACGAAACUGGUUUUGGUAAUCUAAGUGAUAACUUCUAUCUUGGUAAUCGCAUUAUACAUGAGAUAACCAGCCAAGACAAAUAUCAGCUUCGAGUUGACCUUACCAGCUUUAAAGGAGAAUCGGCGUAUGCAGAGUACAGUCAGUUUUAUAUUGGUGAUUCUGAAUCCAGUUACAAGCUGCAUGUUGGCGGAUACUCUGGAACUGCAGGUGAUGCUCUUAAAUUUCAAAAUGGAAUGAAAUUUACUACAAAAGACAGAGACAACGACCUCGACGGUUCUAAUUGUGCAGUAAUGUAUCACGGUGCAUGGUGGUACAAGGGUUGUCAUUAUUCAAACCUUAACGGACUCUAUGGUUCUAACGUCUACGGAAAGGGUACAAACUGGAAGCAGUGGAAAGGAUACCACACUUCGAUGAAAACCAUAGAAAUGAAAAUUCGUCGAAGGAAAUAGUUCGUUUCUACAGGUUAUAAUAACUUGUGUAACUUGGAUUUUUGUAUAUUAUCAUUACCUCCAGUUUCCCAAAUACAUCAAAUGAAAUAAUACAAUUUUGUUUGGAUUGCAAAAACGAAUACAUUGAGUUUUGUUUUUAUAUCAUAUGGCUAGCAUUUCGCAAUAUUCAAUAUUCCAAUACAAUAAAUAUUAUCCGUCAAUUUUAAUUAUUUGUGUUUUAAGCACUGUAUGUAUGAUAAAAAAAAUUUAUAAUUAUAUCAUUUAAUGGACUUUGAUAUAUUUCAUAAUUAUAAAAGUGGUGUAGUUUAUUGAAAAUUGUAACAUUUACCAAAAUAUCUUUAGGCUCUUUAUUUAACAUAUUCUGUAAUAUUGUACAUGUUGUAUAGAAAUGUAUAUCUGAUGUUUUGAUCACAAUUAAUAAAAUUCACAUUUGUUGUUGUUAGCGUCUAUAGCUUAACGUUAAAGUACAAUUACUUCUUAAGUUUAUCAUUGAUGAUUUAUAUAUUGUAAGUACAUGUAUAAUGAAAUAAAAUGUUGAUUAUAUAGUGAUACAUUUCAUAUUUAUGAAAGGCACGAAAUUUAUCAAACAUAUUUAGCUUAUUAAAAGAGAUUUCACUACAAGUACUACUUUUUGUGUCACUUUUUUACUUCUUGUAUAAUAAAGUUU